AAAGUCACUCAAAGGGAAUGACAAAGAAAAAGGAAAUUAUUCACUAACCUUUUGCCUGUAUAAAAAGACUAUAUUUCACAUUCUGAGUUCAGAGUUCAGAUCGUAAGACUGUCCCUCAAAAAUGGCUAAUAAUACAGCACAAGCUACACAACAGCCUGCAAAACAUUUUAACCUAGUAAGGUGUGUUGCCACUUGCUUGCUAGCCCUUAUUGUUCUUGUUGGUCUAGCCGCGCUGAUCAAUUGGCUAGUCAUUAGGCCAAAAAGGUUUGUUUACACGCUUGAAAAUGGUUCAGUCCAAAAUUUCAACCUAACAGAUAACCAUCUCAAUGCCACCUUCGAUUUUGUUCUUGGGGCAUAUAAUCCUAGUAGCAAAAUCUCUGUCUACUAUGAUCACAUCGAGUUCACAGUGACAUACGAAGAUCAAACUCUCGCAUUCAAUACGAUUGAUCCCUUCUUUCAACCUCAUAGGAAUGUAACUCGAGUAGAAUCGAAGCUUGAGGCUCUAAAUUUGGCAUUGUCACCAUCAACAUUCAAAGACCUGACGAUUGAAAAAUCAUCAGGGGAGAUUGACGUUGAUGUUCAUUUAAUGUCAAGGAUUCGGUUUAAGGUAGGUACAUGGAAGUCUAACCAUCAUACUCUACGGAUUGUUUGUUCCUCAGUGACAUUGCAUUUUUCUUGGUACAAACAUUUUGAGAAGAAACCAUGUGAAGUAGAGCUUUAAUUUAGAGUGAUUUUCUUGAACAAUGAAUUUUUUUCCUUUCUUCGACGUGGCUGAAUUCGUGUCCCGGUGUUGCCAUUUUGCCUGUGUUUCCAUCUAUUCAUAUUCUUUUCUCCUUUGAUUAACAUGGUGCGAAAAUUGUUGUUCUUUUUACCUGCUAAGAGUCCAUGUAUUUAUCAGUGUUCACUUCACCUUGCCAGUUGUACUUUUUUUUCUUAUUGUAAGAAAAGAAGAUAACAUGACAGUUACAGCUAGAUUGUAAAAUCUUUAUAAUCUAAUUCCAAACACAUUUGUUUAUA